GCACGCUGACCCAUAUGGCAUUGGCACGACCACCUCUUCGGCAAUAGGUCCCACUGUGAGAGGAACCAGGAAGAACUGCAGCCAUGUGUUGUUUUCCUUGCUGCUGCUGCAAAUGUUGCUGUGACCCUCAUAAGCUCACCUACAUAUCUGCGAUCAUCACAGGCGUGGAGGCAGGCGUGUUCGCCAUCCUGAACAUCGUCCUCCUGAGCAUGCACUCAUGCACGUUGGAGCCUCCUGAGAAGCUGGGCGGAGGACUCGACAAGUUCUGGGACUGGUACUUCUACGACGAGCAGGAAUGCCAACUCCACCACGACAACUACACAGCUCCGUCUUGGAUCAACGCCACCCAGUACCCUCUCGACUCGAGGCCGAGGACGACCGUGGAGGAGAACGUCAAGUACCAGAUCACGUACCUGAUCCUCCACUCGUCAUGGCUGUUGUCCUGUCUUCUGUUAAUCUACGGUAACGCGAGGAAGCUCUGGGGCUACUACUUGCCUUGGGUCCUCAUAACCCUCACUCUCCUCAUCAUGGACGUCGUUGUUGCCUCCUUCUUCAUGCACGAUCUCUCGCAAAUUCCGUUCGGGUUCAAGAGCAGCAGCGCCAUGAUCUGGGCCUUCAGCAUGUACCUCCGCGGCUACGUCAUCUGGCUCAUAAACCUGGUGGAGUUUGGCACGGGGCUGAAUGCUUUCUCCAAGACGUAUCAUAAACGUACUAAAGAGGCUAGGAAGAUGAAGAAAGUGAGGGCAGAGCGACAUGGUGAUCAUCAUUAAUAGGAACUGAGAUGCUCACAUGAGAAACGGAAGGACGGCUGCAACUUUUUGUGCAAUAAAGGAUCGCUGUUUGUUUGCAUGUCUGUCUGCCUCCCUUUCUCUGUCUAUGCUAAUGUAUCUGUCGGUCUGUCUGUCUGUCGCGUCGCACGCACGAACGCACACAAGCACACACACACACACACAAGCAAACGAAUGCAUAUACAUAGAGAAUACCCACAUAUAUGUAUACCAUAUUAUGCUUUCAUGUGUAUAGAUAUGUUUGAGUUCUAUACGAAAGGAACUUCCAUAUGAAACCCCGAAUGUUGGUGGAUUACUAUCAGUUCUAAGAUAACUCUUAUCAAUGGCAGUAACUAUUAUGAUUAUACCGAGAGUUCAUUUACAUCUUAGAUAACAUGGUUAAUGGUUGGUGAAGUGUAUUUGCAAUCCUAUUGGUGGCGAGUUUUUGUAUCACAAAGUAAUUAAAGAAAUGGAAUGAUAAA